AUGGGUCUUGCACAAACAAAUGGCCACCCCUUGGCCAGGGAGCUACACUUCCGUAUUAUACUGUUCGGCUUAAAAGUUUUGAAGCACUCUGGCUCAGAUAUUGUCUCUUUGUGGAAGCUUAAAGAUAAAAUCCUGACUGCCGCCCUAAGUUGGUUUAAGCACGCUCCCAGAUGGUCUUUUGGAGGUAAUCGAUUACAAGUGAAGACUGAGGAUAAGAUAAUUGGAGACGUUAUGUCUGCUUUGGAAAAUGUUGCUAGCAUUGCGUGUCAUUCACACGGCCCAUACAAGUCUCUACAGGCAAAGCAAGACCUCCUCCAUAUCCUCCUGGAGAACGAAAGAUCACGCCUCAAAGUCUGGCUUUAUCCACUGGACCCAGAUCGUAAACAUUACAUAUCUCAAUCUACUGGAAACAGGAACCUUACUGAGGAGGCAAAGUCUUUGCUACGACUUGCUUGGACUGAGGACACGGGGUUAGCUAUCCAACUCGCUUCACGCUUUCCAUCAGCGAAGCUGAGGAACGAGAUUCGCUGGUUACUACUCAACUUUCCUGACAAGGUCAUCGGCGAACCGAGUAGCCUAGAAAUCAUGUUCGGUGCAGCGCUUCCUGCGGACAUCUCGUUUCAAUUGAAGUAUCUGCUAUAUUGGGCGCCUGUCAACCCAACUGAAGCUCUGACAUACUUUCUGCCAGCGUACGGCAAUCAUCCAUACAUUUUGCAGUACGCGAUGAAAGCCCUGGAAAGCCACUCUAUUGAUGUUCGUUUCUACUUUGUUCCACAGCUAGUCCAGGCUCUUAGAUACGACACACUGGGCUAUGUAGAGCGCUAUAUUCUGGAGACAGCUAAGCUGUCCCAGUUGUUUGCACAUCAGGUGAUUUGGAACAUGAAAGCUAACUCUUACAAAGAUGAGGAUUCCCAGAUACCGGAUCCACUGAAACCAACACUGGACGGCUUUAUGGAAACAUUGAUAACAAGCUUUACCAGCGAAGAGAGAAGCUUUUAUGAACGUGAAUUCUCUUUCUUCAACGAUAUCACUGGGAUUUCUGGGAAACUUAGACCGUAUAUCAAAAAGAGUAAGCCCGAGAAGAAGGAGAAGAUUGAAGAAGAGCUCCGUAAGAUCAAGGUGGAGGUUGGUGUGUAUCUCCCCAGCAAUCCAGAUGGCGUAGUUGUUGGAAUUGAUCGCAAAUCUGGAAAGCCCCUUCAAAGCCAUGCAAAAGCACCUUACAUGGCAACUUUCCGGAUUCGAAAGACCAGGGCUCGUGUGGAUCCAGACUAUGCUCCACACCAGAAGCUGGGAACGAGUUCUCCAGAUACCUCAGCGUCCGACGUGCAUCACGAACCUUACGAAGUUUGGCAAUCAGCUAUUUUCAAAGUCGGUGAUGACUGCCGUCAAGACAUGCUGGCUCUGCAAAUGAUUGCGGCGUUUCGAAGUAUUUUUGCUAACAUUGGUCUUGAUGUUUGGGUAUUUCCUUACCGAGUUACCUCGACAGCUCCUGGGUGCGGUGUAAUUGAUGUCCUUCCUAAUUCUAUUUCUCGGGACAUGUUGGGCCGUGAGGCCGUGAAUGGCCUUUACGAUUAUUUCAUAUCAAAGUAUGGAGGAGAAGAUUCAAUACGGUUCCAGGAAGCACGCACCAAUUUUGUUAAGAGUAUGGCUGCUUAUUCUGUCAUCUCUUAUCUCUUGCAGUUCAAGGACCGACAUAACGGGAACAUCAUGGUUGACGAUGCGGGCCACAUUAUACAUAUUGAUUUCGGGUUUUGUUUUGACAUUGCGCCCGGAGGUGUGCGUUUUGAACGCGCUCCUUUCAAGCUGACCUCGGAAAUGGUUGCUGUAAUGAGCGGCACCCACCAUGUUCAUGCCAAUGGUCCUGGCAGCUCAGGCGGCGCAUUCAGUCUGCCUGGGGGUGGAUCUUACAGUCCUACAACUACUCAACCAUACCGCUGGUUUGAAUCGCUAGUUGUAAAGGCGUUUCUCGCAUCGCGUCCGUACAGCACAAAGCUGUCCCACAUCGUCUCAUUGAUGCUUGACAGCGGUCUACCAUGCUUUAAGCCUGACACGCUGAAAAACUUCCGCGACCGCUUUGUCCUCGAGAAGAGCGAAAGAGAAGCAGCCGAGUACAUGCGCGAACUUGUCCGUAAAUCUUAUAUGAGCGUUUCCACCAAAGGAUAUGAUCAAUUCCAGCUGUUGACAAAUGGCAUUCCGUACUAG